AUGCUCGUGGCGUCCCGUGUCGCCCAUGUCACCCGUGGUCGUCACCAGGUGACCGCCGUGAGUGACGCCAGCGGGGCGAUCCUGAACGAGGCCGGGCUGGACGUGAAGGGGCUGCGGGCGCACAUAGCGGCGGGCCACCCGCUUGUCGAGUUUGGUGGUGGCGGCGUGAUCCCGGCCCAGGAGCUGCUGACCGUGCCCUGCGACGUCCUCAUGCCGGCCGCGAUCGGCGGCGUGAUCACCGACCAGAACGCGGGCCAGCUGCAGUGCAAGUUCGUGGUGGAGGCCGCCAACGGGCCCACGACGCCAGAGGGUGACGCCAUCCUGCGUGACCGCGGCAUCGUGGUGCUGCCAGACAUCUACACCAACGCGGGGGGCGUCACCGUCUCGUUCUUCGAGUGGGUGCAGAACCUGCAGAACUUCAAGUGGGAGGAGGAUGACGUAAACCGCCGCCUGGACCGCAAGAUGACCGACGCCUUCCAGAACAUCUGGAAGAUACACAAGGACAAGGGCGUGCCGCUGCGUGUUGCGGCCUUCAUCAAGGCCCUCCACGAGGUCACGCGCGCAGAGCUGCACCGCGGCUUCGACUGA